AUGUUAGCUGUGGUUGUCAUAUUUUGCUUGUUAUACUUUUGUAACGUCCAAGGUAAUGGACAAGUACCAGAAGAAGAUUCAUACAUUCUAAACUUUGAUUCCCCGAUCUACGUAUGUCCGGAUGAGGAGAGUCAGAAGUUUAUAGAUACUUCCCAAAUCGCAAUAGGAAGGCAUAAUGAAACUUGCUCUUACAUGACUGGGGCUAUAAGCUUUUUAAAGGGCAUGCAGUCUACAACUAUGGUAGAAAUCAUUAUAGAGAAAGAAAUCAGCGGCAGUUUUGAAAUGUUUGCGUCACACGAAAUUUGUAACUUGUGUAAAGAGUUGGGAGAUCCCGAAAGUACUUAUAAAGAUUACUUACAACAUUUUGGAUUCCCUGAAGUUUGUCCUUUCGAACCAAAUACUUUCGCCGUGAAUGAUUUAGUGGCACACUCGAAGGAUCUCCCCAUUAACAGCGUAACAGUUGGACGAUAUCAAGUGACGAUGAAUUUUAUUGAGAACCCCAGUUCUGAUUGCUUGGACGAGAAAUCAUUCCUCGCUUGCCUUAAACUAGAUUUUAUUAUUGAACCAAUG